AAGCUCUUUCCGCCCCACCAGACUGAUGAAGUUGCAAGCAUCUCCUUUGGCUGACAAACAUUGCUUCGACUGAGAUCGCAACAGGUUCUAAUGUCUGCAGAACGGGCUGGCGACGGGCCGUAUCUCAAUAAAUUCAAGAUGGCCUUCAGAUUCCCGGGAGAAACAAGUCUCCGGAGGUGCUGGGUGCCGCCCGUCGCUCGACCUCACGUCCAUCCUCAGUUUUCACGGCCCUGCCCGGAGUAGACACUUCCAAUCAAGAUUUGCUCUUCCGCAUGCUCCCACCAGCAUCAUCUUGCCCCCAGAAUUCCCGCCGAAGCUGCAAUGAGCGACUGGACCGAGACCGAGUCGGACAAGCUCCCGGAGCCGACCCCGGCUGCGGCGGCGGCGACGGCCCCGAGCGGACCGGAGCUGCCCCCUGAAGAGGGCCUCCAAGGCUGGCUCUGCGUUGCCGGCGCCACCGUCUGCCUCUUCUGCACCUUUGGGUUUUUGAAUGCAAUCGGCGUCUUCCAAACGACAUAUCAGCAGACAUCGCUCCAUGACUACACGCCGUCCGACAUCGCGUGGAUCUUCGCGGCCCAGCUCGCCCUCAUGUGGGCGCCGGGCCCGCUCUUCGGCCGCCUCGUCGACACAUACGGCCCCGCGCCGGUGCUGUACCCGUGCGCCUUCAUGUGCGUCUUCUCGCUGUGCAUGACGAGCCUGGCCGACCGCUACUACCAGAUCUUCCUGGCGCAGGGCCUCGGCUUCGGCAUCGGGUCCGGCGGCGUCUUCACCGCCGCCAUGGUCUGCGUCGGCCAGUGGUUCGUCCGCCGCCGCGGCCUCGCCACCGGCAUCGCCAGCACCGGCAGCAGCCUCGGCGGCGUCGUCUUCCCCGUCUUCCUCGACCGCACCAUGCAGCGCGCCGGCUUCGACGGCGCCGUCCGCUACACCGCCCUGCUGAUCGGCGUCCUGCUCGCCGCGUCGUGCUUCGUCGUGCGCUCGCGCAUGCCGCGCAAGAAGUGGAACCGCGAUGCCAAGUGGUUUGACGUCGCCCUGUUCAAGGAGAAGCAGUUCGCCUUCUACACGUUUGGUUCCUUCCUUGUCAUGUGGGGUUUGUGGGCGCCCUUCGACUUCAUCUCGAGCAUGGCCCUCAGCCGCGACUUUUCACCCGCGCUGGCGCUGUACCUCAUCUCCAUUAUCAACGCGACAUCGAUCCCGGGCCGCAUCCUGCCUCCCCACCUGGGAGACCGCAUCGGCCACUUCAACGUGCUGACCGUGUGCGCCCUGCUGACGGGCGCGUCCAUUCUGGCCCUGUGGCUGCCCUUCAACUACCACGCGUCGCACGCCGGCAUCAUCGUCUUCGCCCUCGUCUACGGCUUCGUCAGCGGCGCCUUCGUCUGCUUGCUCAUGCCCUGUGUUGCCAAGUCAGGCAGCCUGGACACGCUGGGCCAGCGGUUCGGCACCUUCCAGACGGUCAUCGCAGUGAGCUCCUUGACUGGCCUCCCAAUCAUGGGUGCCAUUCUGAACCGCCAAGGCGACACUGAUUACUCGGGGCUGCAGCUCUUCGCCGCCGUCACCUGCCUGGUAGGCACUGGCCUGCUGGCGGCCUCGACCUACUAUAUGGGCCAGUCGCAUGGAACAUGGAAAGUCUGAAAUUGCAGCCGCGCACGAGUUGCUCGUGAUGGCGAGAUUCAGUCGGUGACCAUGGGAUUGAAUAGGAAUUGGCGGCCGCAGACGCAAUGCCCCA